GUUGUUUGGAGUUGCUCUCACGACCUCAGAAUUGUGCCCAUUUUAUUCCACCACUGAAGUUUAACGUACAGCAGAUGACCAUGAGUUACCAUGGUUACCAAGGGCAUCUAAACACAACAGAAUCUGACCGGCGAAACUCCGUCAUUCACUGAGGGGCUGUAUGCUGUCCCUAAAUUGACUGAAAUAAUUUGGCCAAAUCUGUAUUGUCAGAGGCUCAUUAGAAACUGAGAACAUGUACAAAGUUGAUUUGCCUGUAGAGCAGUCCUUAGAAAAGGCUGUGGAGAGGCGAAGGUCUGCAGAAACAGCACGCAAGGCCCGGAUCUUCAACACCCGGCUCCGUGUGAUGGGCCUUGAUCUUGAUGCUCUCAACCAACAGGUCCAGGAGAAAAAACAUCAGCAAAACAUGGAGAUACAACGGGGCAACGCUUUUGACAAGCUGGGAGAAUAUCACGAUAAAGCACUGCUGCAGCAAGACAUUGAUGAAAGAGAGAAGCGAGCGGCUUUGCACACUGACCUGACCAAGUAUUGGGCCAGUCAUCAGCGUGAAGAGGACUCACACGAUGCUGAUCUCAAGUGUGGCCUGAAGGGGGCAUUCAGGAUCACCAUUCCAGAGGGUGAGCUGGGACCUGCCAGUAUGAAAAUCUUUCAGGGAGAGGGUAUCGGAGAGGAGCAAAGGAGGAGAGAACAAAUGAAAAAGACAGACAGAGAUCUGCGAGCACAGAAGGAAGACAAUGAGAAAAUGCACAUGGGAGACAAGCACAGAGAGAUGCUAGUGAGCAAAGAGCUGGUGCAUCAGGACCUUAGGGGAGUUCAGCAAAAUGCACUAGAGGGGGAGUGUAAGAAAGCUGUCCGCAUCGCACUCGACAACUACAAUCAAGCUCUGGCUGCAGAGCGGGCAGAGAAACUGAAGGAGCAGCACAGGCAAGAGGAAAGGGAGAACCUUGCAGAGAUGCAGCACACUCGGACAUCCGACAUGAUGACAGAGUGUGCAGAGGCAGCAAAGAGAGAGGUGGAAGGAGGGAGGCCACCCCGGGUUCUGGUAGACAAGUGGAAGGGGAUGAGCCCUGAGCAGCUGAGUGACAUCCACAGGGAGAGAGAAGAGCAGAGUCUUGAGAAACAGAGACAACGUGAUGCUGAAAAGAUUCAGGAUUCAGCUUGGGAACUACAGCUCCUGAAGCUGUCCAGAGAAGCAGAGGAGCAGGAGAGGAGAGCAGAAGAGCUGAGGAGAGAGAAGAGGACUCAGACAGAUCUUUACAACAUGCAGCUGGCCAGAGAGCAGCAGGCAUAUCAGGAGUACCUGAACAAGAAGCUAUACACCAACAAACCCAGCAAGGAAUACUUUUACCAAUUCAACACCGGCUCCCGCUGAACCACUACCACACUUUGCUUGUCCUCCUGUGACAAUGUGCUAAUAAAAUCUAUUGAUUGUUAUACUCACACUCAAUAUGAAUUGAAUCACUGAUUAAUCAAUACUUGUUGCUUAUUUUUGAAUUGACACACAUGCAUUGCUUUUAUAAGCUUAUACUAAGGACAAGAAAGGGACCUUUUUUGUUACAGAUUGUUCCACAUAUUUUAUUUUUCAGUCAUAAAUCCAGUUACAGUGGUAGAUUCAUAAUGCAGUUACAGUUAUAUUGGCCCCAUAUGUGGUACAAGUCCACUCAACCCCUGUCGUUCACCCAUUAUACAUAUAAAUACCAUCAGUCCCAUUGUGCACCCCACACACAAUAAAGAGGCACAUAUAGACCCGGCUGUGACACACACUCCCUACCCCUCCUUCCUCCCCUAUUUUCUCUU